CGAAGGCGACAAGCUCUACGGGCGUGGCACGACCGACUGCCUCGGCCACGUGGCGCUCGUCACGCAGUUCUUUAUUGAGUUGGCCAAGCAUCAAGUCGUGACGCAGAAGACGAUCUCUUCCGUCAUGAUCGCGUCGGAAGAGAACAGCGACAUCCCUGGCGUCGGCGUCGAGAACCUCAUGGAGACGGGCAAGAUCGACUUUCUCAAGAACGGCCCGGUCCUCUGGAUCGACUGCUCGGACAGCCAGCCCUGCAUCGGCACAGCCGGCGUCAUCACGUGGUCGCUGCGCGCCACGGGCAAGCUCUUCCACAGCGGCCUGCCCCACCUCGGCAUGAACGCGCUCGAGAUGGCCAUGGACGCCGUGAACGAGCUCCAGAAGCGCUUUU